AUGCGACGUCCAGCAAGUGAUGUUAGACAGCGUGAAAGUGGUAGACGUUCAUCACUUGAAAAUAAUGGUUCAAGACGACGUAAUUCUAGUGUCCCAUUCCAUAAUGGACGCAUACAUGGCAUGAAUCCAAAUUCAAUGGAUAGUGAUACUGACUUUUUGUGUGAUCGUGCUGUCGAAUUUAUGGAAUCUGGUGAUAUACAUAGUAUAGUUGCAGUGGAAUUAGCUGAGCAAAGUAUGUAUUUUGAAAGACUAUUAAGAUAUCAUCAUGGCCGAGGAAAUAUACGUUUACCAGAAUUUUUAAAUCCUGGCUUCCCAUCAGUAUUAGAGUAUAUACGUAAGGGGACAACAGAGAUAAAUCGUGAAAAUGUUUAUCAUAUAUUUAUUGCAGCUGAUUUCCUAUUAGUACCAAAAUUGAAACAAGAGUGUGCUAACCUCCUGAAAGAGAUAGCCUCAGAUUCAUCGACCGCCAUCUCUUUGUGGUUAACAUGUAGAUCCCUUUACUGGCCUGAGGUGGGUAUGAUGGCAUUUCAAAAGAUAUUAGAGAAUUUCGAAAAUGUAUGGCAAUCAACAGAUUUUCAAAAUUUAGACGCUGUAGAUGUACGUGAAAUUCUUCAUGAAGAUGGAUUGAAUUGUAAACGUGAGAAGAAUGUAUUCGAUGCUAUCAUGAGAUGGGUUAGUGAGAAUUUCAAAACACGUAUACACUAUACACUGGAAUUAUUAUUAUGCAUACGGAUUGGGAUGUUGUCAACAGCAGAGUUGGAUUAUAUUAAAAAUCAUGAUUUAGUUCGUGUGAUACCAGAAUACUUUGAUAUACUGAAUCAGUGGCCUAACUGUUUAACUCUAACUAGUAAUCCGAUUAUUGCGGCUUAUGGACAACGAUUUAUUACGCCAAGAUUACCUCAUGAAGUAGUUAUGGUUUUCGGUGGAUGGUGUGAUGGUGAAGGACCAAGAGCUGCUGCACAAGUAUACAACCCGAAGGCAAACACAUGGACAUUAUGGACAGAAGCUGGUCAGCAAGCUCAACCAUUAGCUAAUGAAUGGCUUAGUUUAUUGCAAGGUUCCAUGACGAUGACAACGGCAGCGGCCACAAUGACAACACCAACAACGACAACCCCAGCCGCAAUAGCUGAUACAUCAGAAAUCACUCGUCUACAAAACGCUGUGAAUACCGUAAAUACAAUUAAUCAAAUACGUAGUACAUUACCAUCAGAUGGAAUGAUGACUUCUGAAGAACAGAAGGAAAAUCUACUUCUCUUUCCACAUAACUCACUGAUAACAGAGAAUUCUGGUAGUUUAAUUGGUGAAAUCCCAAGACGUGUUUAUGCUGGUUGUGUACUGAUUGAUAAAAGAGUUUAUUUAGUUGGUGGUUUCGAUGGAAGCAGUGCAUUGAAAUCUACUCUAUGCUAUGAUUUUGAAAUAGACUCUGGUUGGUAUGAAAUCAGUUGUAUGUAUGAAAAACGAUAUUAUGUAAGUGUUGCAUAUGCCGACAAUCAUAUCUACGCGCUGGGCGGUCAUAAUGGUGAAAAUCAAGGUCGUUUGGACUCAGCAGAACGUUAUACCUUACAUGAAAAUUUAUGGCAGACAAUAGCAUCAAUGAAUCGUGUACGUAGUGAUGCAGCAGCAGCCGAAUUAGGUGGGAAAGUUUAUGUUGCUGGUGGUUUUGAAGGUAGACGAUAUCAUGAUUCAGCUGAAUAUUAUGAUCCACAAACAAAUCAAUGGACAUUAGUUAGUCGAAUGAAUUCACCUAGAGGUGGAAUAUCCCUUGCUCAACAUAAUAGCUACCUUUAUGCUAUUGGUGGAAAUGAUGGAAAUAGUCGACUGAGAACAAUUGAACGAUAUGAUCCAAUAGAAAGUAGAUGGGAAAUUGUUGGACAAAUGAAUCGGCGUAAAAGUAAUCUCUCAUCAACUGUUGUCAAUGAUGAAAUCUACAUAUUAGGUGGAUGGUCAGAUGAACCAGAGGCUGGUAUAUUGGAUUUAGUGGAAUGCUUUGAUACAGUUAGUCGUGAAUGUCGAGUUGUAAGACCAUUGACAUUUCCGGCAAGUGCAACAUGUGCAUGUACAUUGAAAGAUCGUAAUUUAGUCAAAAAGUAUAUACGACCAUUGCCUAUUCCAUCUACUCACUUUUCAGAUCCCCCAUUCGGUACAUUCUUUCUACACAAUGCAGGACAACCAAUACCGUCUGAUCAAAACCUACCAGUGAAUACAACAGCACCAACAUUUCAUGAAAAUAAUUAUGGGACAACAAAUUUUUUCACUGGUCAACGUAAUACAAAUAAUCGUCAAGUUAAUCAAGCCAAUAAGGUGGCGCACAACUGUUCUUUAAUGCAACAACAAGUAAUGACAGUAGAUACUACUGCUACUACAACAAUGAUGGCUUGUUGUUCACACCUUCGUAAUGAUAAUGACCCCAUCUACCCGGAACAGUCAACAUCGAAUCAGACAGCUGCAGCGACAGGAGGUGGUGAUGAUAACAGAAUGAGAAUGAAUGAGAAUCAAAACGAGUUAUUACUCAUGCCUACAACUAGUUCAAUGAUUGUUAUUCAUGGUGAUAUCAAUAUUAAUGAUAGUAAUAAUAAUAGUAACAAUUUGACGCAUAAUAAUAAUACAGGACAAAAUCGAACUGUACAACAACGGCGACAACAACAGCAGCAGGAUAACUCUAUCUCAUUACCAACAAACAGUCAAAGAACCCAGUCACCAUGGAGGAAACCUACAAGACGAAAUUGUAAACGGAAAAGUACUAAAUGAGCAGGCUGAAAAAUUAUCAUUAUUAUUUUAAAAAAUUUUUUUUCUAACUAAGAUACGUAUAUAGUUAUAUUAUAUUUUUAAAUUUUAUAUAAUCCGCUUUUAAUCCCAAUUUUGAUUUCUUCUUUAACCUUGGAUAUUUU